AUGCAAUCUCACGGGAAUUGGAAGACCCUUGAGGGAAUAGCUACCAGUCUGCUUGAUGGCAGUCCCAUUGCCAUUGCGGUCACAGUUUUCAUUGCAUUCGGGCUACCUAUUCUGCUGCACUUGAUCUUCUACCGGACCGUCGCUUCUCCACCCUCCAGCAAUUUCCUACUCCUUGGUCCCAGUGGGGCUGGCAAGACCGCUCUCUUAAGCCUGCUCGAGACUAAAUCGUCACGUGUUCCUCCCAAAGAGUCUCGGCUCACACAUACUUCGCAAACGUCAACUGUAGCUACCAUCAGCCUUCCCGCCUCCAUCCAGACUGCUUCGAACCGCUACCGCUCUGUCAAUGACACCUCCCUGAAGGAUAUUUCCAAGAACCCCGUCAAGUACCGCUUAUGGGAUACUCCAGGCCAUGGAAAACUGCGGGGAUCUCAGGGACUUGCGACAUUGCUAUCGAUGUCAACAUCCAAGGAUGUAAAGUCCAAGUUGCGUGGAAUCCUAUUUAUGGUCGACACGGCUGCUCUUGUGGAGGCUGAAACAUUGCGAGAUACAGCUUCGUAUCUGUAUGAUGUGCUUUUAGCCCUCCAGAACCGGGCUCUUAAGAAGGGCAAGAAUUCCGCGAAAGCAGCCUCGGAGAUCCCCGUUCUCGUGGUGGCCAACAAGCAAGACCUUUUCACAGCCUUACCUCCAGGUUCCGUGCGUGAAAAGCUGGAGGCGGAGAUUGACAGAAUAAGGAAGUCCAAGAGCAAAGGUCUCAUGGAUGCUAGCGCUGACGCUGGAAUUGAUGAGGGCGAAGACGAUAUUCUGGGAAGUACUGACACUCGGAUUAAGUUCACCUUCAGAGGCCUAGAAGAUGAAAUUGGGCUGACUGUUGACAUUGUCGGCGGCGCAGUCAAGAGUGAUGAGGGCAACCUCGGGGCCGGCGUCAGAAAGUGGGAGGAAUGGAUCGGUCAAUGCCUCUGA